CGGCGGCCCCAAGUCCGGCCCCUUCCUUUCCGCGCUCUCUCGCCCGCCCCUCGUCCCCCUCAUGCGGGUGUCGGUGCCGGGUUCGGCGGCCGGCCGCGAGCCCCCGACGCCGGGCGGGGGCGCCGCGGUGCCGGGCUCCGUGCAGCUGGCGCUGAGCAUCCUGCACGCCCUGCUCUACGCCGCGCUCUUCGCCUUUGCCUACCUGCAGCUGUGGCGGCUGCUCCUGUACCGCGAGCGGCGGCUGAGCCACCAGAGCCUCUGCCUCUUCCUCUGCCUCCUGUGGGCAGCGCUCAGGACCACCCUCUUCUCCGCCGCCUUCUCGCUCAGCGGCUCCUUGCCCCUGCUGCGGCCGCCCGCUCGCCUGCACUUCUUCCCCCACUGGCUGCUCUACUGCUUCCCCUCCUGUCUCCAGUUCUCCACGCUCUGUCUCCUCAACCUCUACCUGGCGGAGGUUAUAUGUAAAGUCAGAUGUGCCACUGAACUUGACAAACACAAAAUUCUACUGCAUUUGGGCUUUAUAUUGGCAAGCCUUCUCUUUUUAGUGGUGAACUUGACUUGUGCAAUGCUAGUCCAUGGAGAUGUCCCAGAAAAUCAGUUGAAAUGGACUGUGUUUGUUCGGGCAUUAAUUAACGAUAGCCUAUUUAUUCUUUGUGCUGUAUCUUUAGUUAGUUACAUGUGCAAAGUCACAAAAAUGUCAUCAGCAAAUGUCUACCUCGAAUCAAAGGGUAUGUCUCUGUGCCAGACUGUCGUCGUAGGCUCUGUAGUCAUUCUUCUCUACUCUUCAAGAGCAUGUUAUAAUUUGGUGGUGAUCACCAUAUCUCAGGAUACAUUAGAAAGUCCAUUUAAUUAUGGCUGGGAUAAUCUUUCAGAUAAGGCUCAUAUAGAAGACAUAAGCGGAGAAGAGUACAUAGUAUUUGGAAUGGUCCUCUUUCUAUGGGAACAUGUGCCAGCAUGGUCGGUGGUACUGUUUUUCCGGGCGCAGAGAUUAAACCAGAAUUUGACACCUGCUGGCAUGAUAAAUAGUCACAGUUAUAGUUCCAGAGCUUACUUUUUCGACAAUCCAAGACGAUAUGAUAGUGAUGAUGACUUGCCAAGACUGGGAAGUUCAAGAGAAGGAAGUUUAUCAAAUUCACAAGGUUUGGGCUGGUAUGGCAGCAUGACUGGGUGUGGCGGCAACAGUUACACAGUCUCUCCCCACCUGAAUGGACCCAUGACAGAUACUGCUCCUUUGCUCUUUACUUGUAGUCAUUUAGAUAUGAACAGUCACCCUAGCGUAUACGUAACACCACAAAACUGACAGCAUUACCAAGUCGUGAUUCUUCAGUUGUGUUUCAUCAGUGUGUUUUACUCUGCGUGUUUCAAUUCCAUCUACAUGAACAUUCCAUUGUCUGCUGCAACUGAGAACAAAGCCUGGAAAUGUGGCUGUGUUCAGCAGAGGACACAGCUGGUACUUUUGACGUCUUCAUAGUAAAAUGAAGUAAAAUGGAAAGUUGGGAAUGGGAGAAAAGAGGGAAUAGAUCUUAAGGCACUUGAUGGCCUCCACACAUCCUGACUUUGGAACAUCAGAUGCAUAUUUGCAGUUUUAUCUUUAUUCUGAAAGAGUACACUGCAGUCCCAAAGUCAUACUCCAGUGUUUACACGGGGAUAUUAUAUCGUACACCAAAUGGGAAGGCAAUUUCCUACAAAAAUCAAAGCCUUUAUAUUCAGUGGUGUACUCUAUGUGGAAUUCUUACCCAAUAAAAAUUUUAGUGUAAACAUUGCACAGAAUUAAGGCAUAAAAAUGUAUCAUUCUUUUUAAAAAUCUAAAAUAUAUGUGAUCAUUGAAGAUCUCUUAAGCAUGAUUGUAAAAUACCACCUGAAAUUAUUCAAUCAUUUUAAACAAAUGAUAGUAGUAAUCCUUACAGUGAUGACCAGCAGUGUUCUUUGGAAAGCCACAGUCAUUUCUUCAAGAGGAAAGUAUACCAGUAAAAAUUACGUGGCUACUUUGAGUAGAAUUGGUUGAGUGAUUAUUUUGUAUGAUUAAGAUAUAUGUGGUAGUUUAAGCAUGAUUCUUCAAGAAAGCAAUAGUGAUUUUUGCAUACGGAGAUUUUGGUGGAAACUUCUUGGGACUAAACAAGUUUACAGAUGAAUUGAAGAAUUAUUCAUAAAUGUAUAAUUCUAAAUUAAAACAUGAAUACAUUUUCACAAGCAUUCAAUUUAGCUGAACCAAGAUAUAGCUGAUCUUACCUAUUUGAGUCAGGAUUGUCCUCAGGUAAAUUAAAUCAUCAUACAUUAUUGCAGUGAACUCAAGUGCAAUACUUUGUAAGACAUAUAAUUCCUUCUUUACUUUUCAUAUUUUUAUAUCUUGUAUAUGGGCAAAGCCAAAUUAAAUUUAAUUCAAAUUAAUUCCAGCAAUAGACUAAAUGAGCAAACUUGUGUAAAGGUACCAGUUAGGUAAGUGUAAAGCCCGUGGUUAACAAUAUGGGAAUACUUUUAGAAUUACAUUAAAACUGUCUUGAAUGCCCUAUCCCAAAUCUUAAAAAAAAUAUGGUAAGCUAAGGUAACAGCGAAUUUUAAAAUGCACUUUCUACCCGUGUCCAUAUGGAAAGAAGCAGAGGCUGAAACCUCAAGAUGCCAAGGGGCCAGGCAGCAGAGGCGGUCACGACACACGCAAGGGCUGACUGCAUGCGCUGUCCUGCUGGCCUGUUCCUUCAGAACUGGAGCUCACACAGCUGUCCUUGGCUGUCUGCUACUUUGAUUAGAAAGUUAUGUUUCAUUUCUACUCUUACUUAAAAUACCUUUCAACUUUUUAAUAAUUGAUUUAGUAACUUCACAGAAGUGUAACAGUAGGUGAAACCCCAAGGAAUAAAUGAAAUUUUAGUGCUUUUGGUCUUUGGAGAGGCUGGUACACAGCCAAAGAAAUUUCUUUUUUAUCAUACAAAAUGACUCUGAAUUUAAUCAGAAGCAUAAACUUAUAAAUGUUACUUUGAGCUUGCUUGUAAUAAGUUCUCUCAUUGUAAUCAAAUUAUUUUAAAAUUUACAGUACAGAAAUCAACCUUGGUAUUAUUAACAUGACAAUAUUACAUGCACUUAACUGAGUAUAUUUUGAUUACAACUUCAGUUAUUUCUUUUCAGAAUGCUAACUAGUUCAAAGUAAUAAAGUAAAUGUUUUCUAAUAAGGCUUCCCUAGAUAUAAUGUUCCUAUUAGACCAGAUAAGUAAAGAUUACAUUUUAAAAAUAUUUCGGAUAAAAUAACUUGGUUCUUUCAGCUGCAUCAGUUGAUUCUUCCAAAUUUGAGAUCAGUACGUUUAUUCUUAUCACUAAGGGUACCUGAAUUCUUGCAUUUGUCUCCUUAUACACCUCUCCCACAAUACAUCACCAAAGACAAAGAAAGAUGAGCUUCCAGCCCAGUUUUUGCUUAAAAAUUCCAAAGCACUAGGAGCACUUUAAGUUUGGUCUCGCAAGGAGUUGCUGAUAAGAUCAAAGGGCUACCGAUUCCCUGUUCAUCCUGCACUGAAGCACGAGGACAAUUUCAAACCUUCCUUUUUGGUUCAUUAAUAGAACAGUGAAUUUCAUUGCUUAAGUGUGUAAUUCUACAGUGAUUAGCAGUAUUUGUUUGUAUGGUUUCAUUUGGUGGCUAUUAAUUUUAAUACUCGUACCACUCGUCAUAGCUAGUUGUGGUUUUAUGAAAGAUGUAAUUUAUAGCUCA